UAGAACACCGACGACCAAUCACCAUGACGCGACCGCGUGGCAACCACGAUGUUUGCCUCGAGUCUCCCCUUCGAGUAUUUACCAGCAUCUACUUCGGCGAUAUUCACAAUGCUAGCAAACGCAUAAAUAUGCACAGUGUGCUGGCUUAACGAUGCAUACGCACAGCUAGACCAAAGUCAAUUGACGAAUGGAGGCGUUUUCACCACGAACGAGAAUCAGCAUGGGUGACCCAGUCGACGAGCCUUACGAGCGCUCACUACCUGAUCUACCUCCUACAGCGGGUAGUCGUCUCCCGAGCCGAAUGAGAAAAACACGAGGCAAGCGGGAUGAACGCGAACAUUCUCUCUCCGUUCGAGACCUCGAGCGCGCCGUCGAGCAAUGGCAAUGGGAGGCAUCUGAGCUGCGUCAGCUGUUGGACGACGGUGCCGACCAGUUGCAGAGCGAGAAGAAGCGUUCCGACGAGCUUGGACAGCAGCUGCGGGAGUCGGACGCCAAGGUCAUCGCGCAUGAGGUUGCGAGGCAGAGGUCGGAGAUGGAGAUGGCGACGCUGAAGGAAGAGACGCAGCGAUACAAGAUUCAGCUCGAAGUCGCUUUGCGCGAGAUUCAAGCUGCCCAGCGGAAUAUCGAUAACGCUGAUGCGGACCGGGACCGGGCUGAGGAAGCUGCGGCUCGAGCGAGGGAUAGGGAGAGACAGCUCAUGCAUACGAUCGCUAUGCGGGAUGCGCGCGAAGCUGGGUUGAGAGAAGGGCGGAGGGAGGGACUGAAGGAGGGCAUAGCGCGUGGCAGAGCCGAGGGGAGAGCUGAAGGCAAGUUAGACGAACGAGACCGUGCCUACCGCGCGUUCGAUGACUUUCUCGAGCGUACAUGGCCCGACGGAAUCCCCGACGACAUGGAGACCCCCGAACUCCGGUAUAAAAGCACCAGCCGCCGUGCAGAGGGAGGGAUGGUGGGCAGCGAGCCCAGAGCACGUCCUGCACAACCAGCCUACGCCAUAUCGAAUCGCGUCACCUCCCCGCCCGAAGGGAUGCAUAUGCGUUCGCCUGUACGCUCGCCUGGUCGAUCGGUUAUUAGAUCUCCUAUACCUCCCCCCCGGCCGAUUCCUGUGAACGUCCAACAGCCGCAGUUCGUCCCUGCGGCAGUGCCAGCAUUUGCACCACCGAGCAGGCGAGCAUCUACCGCCCUCCAGCUCUCGCCUGGCCAGCAGUUCAACCCUCUUCCAGUCAUCCCCGAUGUGCCCCGGCGUUCUCCUAUGCUGGCACCCACAAACCUGUCAAAGCCGAUGAGCAUCUCACCCACCCCGUCUCGCCCACACACACCCAUGCUCGACAUCCCCGAUGGGUACGUUCCAGUCAUCAGAGAAAACGAGUCAAUCAGUCUUCCCCCACCACACGAGGUCCAGCCUACACGUGGUGUCCUCCCACAGACGGAAGCCGAAGCCCAACGAAUGGGUGAGAAGUCAUACGACUUCUCCCGCGCCCCGAGCAGAGCACCUAGCCGAGCGAGCAUGCGUGCAGUGCCUCUUCAGCCUAUGGACGACAUCGUCGCGCCUCAACCGCAAGGCGCGCUCGAUCCUGCAAGGCUUUCCAACGGACUGUCGGCUUCCCGCCCGGGCUCACGAGCUGCCAGUCGGCCAGUCAGCGUCGUCGCCCCUGAUGUGGGGCCCGCUGCCCAAGUCAGGGCACCAAGUCGUUCCGCAAGCUGGUACGACCCACCAGGUGUUGACCCAGCUACUAUACCUCUCCCAUACUCGACAGCUCAAACGGCCGCGAUCAGUCCAGGAAACACCGGCUAUGCUCCCUUAGGCCGUACACCAUCAGCCGUGAACUACCCCCUACCGCCGUCGGACAACCGCACGCAGUUCUCUCACACCCCCGCACAGACGUACGCAGAGAUGAACAACUCUUACACCUCUCGGCCUGCAUCACGUGCCCCGACGGUUGCAGGGAGCCCCCUGCCGCCCCCUGAACAGGUCAUGUUGGGCGCAACGCUGUCCCCUCCCGGCCGGUCUGGGAGCCGGCAAAGUGCGCGUGCUCCUAGUGUAGCUGGGACGCAGUACCCUGCCCUUCCACCGGAAGAGGGUACGGUAUGGGGUAGCUAUGAAAAUACGGUUGAAGGGCGUCACAAUACUCGAGCACCAAGUGUUCGACCAGCGAGUGUACGCCCACCUGGAACCAACAGGACCAAUUAUCCCCCGCUGCCGACAGAUGGGGAGACUGACUAUGGAAGUCCACGGGAGACUUUUGCUGGGAGGAUGUACAGCAGAGCCCCGAGUGUGCGCCCGGGCACAGGAGGUCUGACGUACCCGCCUUUGCCGCCCGAGGGGGAUACGAUGUGGAACGACAGCUUGACGUAA